AUGGCAGAGAUGCACUCACGUAGACUGUCAGGGACUUUAGCUGCAGUAACGAUGUGUGGAAACUUGCUUGUUAUACUUUCUAUUAUUUACUUCAAACAACUCCAUACUCCCACAAACUACCUGGUCCUGUCUUUGGCCAUGGCUGAUCUACUUGUCGGGGUUGUAGUUAUACCUUUUAGUACGGUCUUGUUUGCAAACCCAUGCUGGUAUCUCCAAGAUAUAGCUUACCGAUAUUAUGCUGUCUGUCAACCUUUAAGCUACCGAACCAAAAUUAAUGCCUUUGUCACUGCCAUGAUGAUUUUGAUCACGUGGAUUGUUUCGAUUGUCUGUGGGAUAGUCUUGACGCUCGGUGGACGAAAGAUCGAAGGAAGAUGUGCUUUUGUCCAGGGUUUGAAUCUAGGUGCUGUUGUUGCCAUCAUUGCAUUUUACAUUCCCGCCAUUAUAAUGAUUACAAUAUACUUAAAGAUUUUCCACGUGGCUCAAACACAAGCUCGAAGCAUCCACAGCAUGCACACAGGAGAGGGAGUGAGUAAAAUGGAAAGAAAAGCCACUCGCACUCUCGCUAUAGUAAUGGGAGUGUUUUUCCUUUGCUGGUCUCCAAUGGCUCUGUGUAGCACUUUUUUAUCUUUAAAGAAUUUCAAAGUUCCUCUAAGUGCUAUGGAGGUUUUUAAAUGGUUUGGAUGGUCCAACUCGAUGCUCAACCCCUUCAUUUAUGCAUACUUUUAUAGUUGGUUCAGGUGUGCAUUCAGAAUGAUACUUUCUGGGAAAAUAUUUAAGGGAAAAUAUACCAAUGCUAAACUAUACUGA